AUGGAUAUCGCUCUUAACUCAGCCUGUCAAUCGCUCUCUCCUUCGACAAAGUCCGUCGUCCCUACUUCACUCGGUACGAAACUCACCCCAACUUCUUCUUCCUUUCAUUUCGCGAAUUUCGCCGCCGGAAACCGGUUAUCCCUAACGAGGCAGCUGAUUUUGCGCCGAAACUGUUCGAUUAGAGCCCAAGCCUCCACCGGCGGCGAUGUCACUGCGAUAGAGGAGCAUAAUGAUGAUUUCAUCCUCGAAGACGUCCCCCACCUAACCAAUUUCCUCCCUGAUUUACCUUCAUUCCCAAAUCCGUUGAAGAAAUCUCAAGCUUAUGCCAUCGUCAAGAGAACAUUUGUUAGCCACGAAGAUGUUGUGGCACAGAAGAUUGUUGUUCAGAAGGACAGUCCGAGGGGAAUACAUUUCCGGCGGGCAGGACCCCGUGAAAAGGUGUAUUUUAAGCCAGAGGAAGUACGCGCAUGUAUUGUGACAUGUGGGGGUUUAUGCCCUGGAAUUAAUACCGUGAUACGUGAAAUAGUUUGUGGUUUGAGUAAUAUGUAUGGUGUGGAUGAAAUCCUCGGAAUUCAGGGAGGGUAUAGAGGGUUCUAUUCGAAGAAUACUAUCCAGUUGACACCAAAAUUUGUAAAUGAUAUUCAUAAGCGUGGGGGAACUUUCUUGCAAACUUCAAGAGGAGGUCAUGAUACUAAUAAGAUAGUCGACAAUAUUCAGGACCGUGGAAUAAACCAGGUUUACAUAAUUGGAGGGGAUGGUACUCAAAAGGGUGCUGCUGCAAUUUCAAAGGAAGUCGAAAGACGGGGGCUCAAAGUGGCAGUGGCUGGUAUUCCCAAGACAAUUGAUAAUGAUAUUGCUGUGAUAGACAAAUCCUUUGGCUUUGAUACUGCUGUAGAGGAGGCUCAGAGAGCAAUAAAUGCUGCACAUGUAGAGGUUGAGAGUGUAGAAAAUGGAAUUGGAAUUGUGAAGCUUAUGGGCAGAUAUAGUGGAUUCAUUGCAAUGCAUGCAACAUUGGCGAGUCGGGAUGUGGAUUGCUGCUUAAUACCAGAGUCCCCAUUCUAUUUGGAUGCACAAGGUGGGCUGUUUGAAUUUAUUGAACAGAGGCUAAAAGAAAAUGGACAUGUGGUGAUUGUGCUGGCUGAAGGUGCUGGACAGGAAUACGUUGCUCGUAGCUGGCAUGCUGCUGACGAGAAAGACGCAUCUGGGAACCGGCUUCUUUUGGAUGUUGGGCUCUGGUUAACACAAAAGAUUAAGGAUCAUUUCACAAAUGUGCGGAAGAUGGCCGUUGGCAUGAAAUAUAUAGAUCCGACGUACAUGAUUCGAGCAGUUCCUAGUAAUGCAUCUGAUAACAUCUAUUGCACACUUCUUGCUCAAAGUGCCAUCCAUGGAGCAAUGGCAGGAUAUACUGGCUUCACUGUUGGGCCCGUAAACAGCAGACAUGCCUAUAUUCCAAUCAGUCGAGUAACAGAGACUCAGAACACGGUGAAACUGACAGACAGGAUGUGGGCCCGCCUUCUUGCUUCCACAAAUCAACCUAGUUUUCUUAGCUGUGAGGUUGUGAAGGAAAGAGUUGACAGGCAGAUCAUUGAUGAGAUCCAGAAUGAGAAGAUCACUUCUAUUUAA